CCCGAAUUUAGUAUGCAGGCAGUCCUUGCUUUAAAACGAGUGAAAGACGUGCCAAUUUAAGGACAUAAUUUUUUGCAACCGUAACAACAUCGUGUUUUCUAAUAAAAUACAAAUAAAACUUUUCGUGCGACGUGAGCGAUGUCGAAUUUCGGACAGAGAACCCUAUGUACCCUGACAAUUAUGACCAGGGCAAAAAGUUCGCCAGCAACGUGGGAAGGAUAAGCAAUAAGGAUAUCGCGUGUGUUUUUUUGAGGGGGUGUUUUUGUUUCUUGGAUUGUUUGUUUUACACAUGCCACUCAAGAUGGUCUACUUUUCCUCAACAUAUACGACGUUAGCUCGGUUGGAAAUAUAACACCGUUUUCAUUCACGUACUGUAACUUGGUUGCUUAGCUCGUAGCGUGCUAACAUCAUGGCGAACAUGGAGCAAAAUUCGUUAGAGCUUCACGGAGACGAAGAAAUCAUUGAAGUCAUCGACCUGAACGACACCGAAGAUGGUCCAGAUAACUUGGCAGACGACCUGGAGGACAUCGACUUUGAAGAGGCUGCCAAUGCAGACGACAAAGGCUGGGAGACAGAGGAUGAGAUGGAGUUGGAGCGGGAUGAUAGCGAGUUGACUUUCUCCAAACAUACUGGCUCUGUAUUUUGCGUGAGCUUUGACCCAGCCACCAACAACUUGGCAGUGACAGGAGGAGAAGAUGAUAAGGCGUACGUGUGGAGGGUGAGCGAUGGCGAAGUUGUCUUGGAGUGUACAGGUCACAAGGACUCUGUUACGUGUGCCGUGUUCAGCCACGACUCCUCGCUUGUGGCUUCAGGUGACAUGAGUGGCCUGAUUAAAGUCUGGAAAGUGGAGACGAAAGAAGAGAUCUGGUCUUUUGAAGUCGGAGAUCUGGAGUGGUUGGAGUGGCAUCCCUGUGCUCCAGUGCUUCUGGCAGGAACAGAUGACGGUAACGUGUGGAUGUGGAAGAUCCCUAGUGGAGACUGUAAAACCUUCCAGAGUUGUGCAUGCCAGUCCACCAGUGGCAAAGUCCUUCCUGAUGGCAAACGCGCUGUGGUGGGUUAUGAGGACGGAACUGUGCGCUUCUGGGAUUUGAAGCAAGGCAACAGCAUUCACGUCAUUAAAGGUAAGGAUGGACACCAGGGGGCGCUGACAUGCCUUGCAUGCAAUAAGGACAGCUCUUUGGUACUCACUGGCUCAGUGGAUGGUUGUGUAAAGCUCAUCAACACUGCUACGGGCAAGGUGGUGAGCAUGUUCUCUUUGGAUGGAAGCAAAGCCAAAGAUGAGGAAGAAUCCAACUCUGUGGAAUCGGUGGGAUUCUGCAACUUCCUUCCGCUCAUCGCUGUGGCCUAUCUAGAUGGCACCUUAGCCAUUUACGAUCUUUCCACGCAGAUGCUACGACACAGAUGCCGACAUGAGGCUGGCCUUGUUCACCUACAGUGGGAGGAGUCUUCUUCGCUGGUGUCCACCUGCAGUUUGGACGGAGUGCUACGCCAGUGGGACGCUCGCUCCGGCAAGAUGGUGUCUGAGUACCGCGGUCAUGCCGCGGAGAUCUUAGACUUCUCAAUUAACAGGGAAGCGACAGUGGCAGUCACCGCUUCAGGAGACAACCAAGCUAAAGUGUUCUUCCUCCAAAGGCCUGAUCGCUAAAAAAAUAAAAGGGAGAGAGCGAGAGAGAGGAAUCGGGACAGCACCUCAGGAAAAAAAAAUGUCAACUCUUCGCUUGUGCUUGUUGCACCGUUGUAAUUUAAAUCUCCAUCUGAUGAACCUCACUGAAAUUAUGUGUGAAUGGAGAAAUCCAAAGAGUGAAACAUGAUGCCAUCUCCCUCCGGACUUGAUUUGAAUGUUGCGACCAAUGUCAACUUAAUUGUAAAUACAUGAAACAUAUACUAAAAGACACUUGGACUCCA